UCCCUGUCUCCUCGGAUUAGGUUCAGCUGGAUCUCCCUCCUGUAUGCUGUUUCCUAGUUUCCUCUGUGUGUAUUUAUAGUAUGUGUCCUCUUGUGUGCGUUAUUGGUCCGUCUUUGUUCCUCCAUGCUGUGUUAGCUCCCUGCGUGUCUUCCUACGGAUUCAGUUUUGUUUUAUUAGUUUUCCCAGUUCGGAGUCGUUCUUAGUUCUGUUUCUCGCCACCCUGGCUUUUGGUUGUAUGUCACUCUGCUUCAAUAGAGCAUCUCGCAUCAGCCUCUAAGAAUUUAGAUUUCCUGCUAAUCAUUUACUAAGCCAGAAAGACUCCUGACCGUCUGACGACGAAAGAAAAGUGAGCGUCAAAACAAUGGGAUCUGCAAUCUCUCUGUCAGAGGCAAACACUUCCUUCUCUCUGGCUUUGCUCAAACAGCUGAGCAAUAACAGCCAGACGGGAAACAUCUUUUUCUCCCCGUUCAGCAUCUCUUCAGCCCUGGCUAUGGUGAUGCUGGGGGCCAGAGGCAACACAGCCACACAGCUGUCAGAGUGCUUGCAAACCGAGGAUUGUUGGGGUGAUGUUCACAGCAGCUUCGCCCAACUUCUCACUGUACUCAACAGGACAGAUGCUCCAUUUACCUUCAGUGUUGCUAACAGACUGUACAGAGAGAAGUCCUGCCCCUUUACUCAGGAGUUCUUAAUACAAAGCAAGAAACAUUACAGAGCAGAGCUGGAGUCUGUGGACUUCAAGACCAGGUCUGAAGAAGUCAGGAUUGAUGUCAACCACUGGGUGCAGCAACACACACCAGGUAACAUCACAGAGGUGGUGGAUGAAGAUGAUUUGAAUGAACUGACCAGGCUGGUGUUGUUCACUGCCACCCACUUCAAAGGCUACUGGAUAAAUAAUUUCUCGUGGUCUAAAACUUAUGAUGCUCAAUUUUGGCUCAACAAGAAUGACUCAAAGCCUGUGAAGAUGAUGAAACAGGAAGAAGACUUUGCGUGUACCUUCAUCGAAGAAGCAAACUGCAAGAUUCUAGAGAUGCCUUACAGUGGGAAGGAAGUGAGCAUGCUUAUCUUUUUACCUGCAGAGAUAGAGGAUGAUACAACAGGACUGGAGAAGCUGGAGAAGGAGCUGACCUCCGAGAAAUUUGUGGCUUGGACUCAUCCAGGCCAGAUGCAAACAUAUCAUAUUGAUGUGAGGCUGCCUCGAUUUACACUGGAGGAGACGUAUGACCUGAACACAGUCCUGAGCAGCAUGGGCAUGGUGGACGCCUUUGAUCACACAAAGUGUGACUUCUCUGGCAUGUCUGGGCGCAAAGAUCUGGUACUUUCAAAAGUCAUCCACAAGGCUUUUGUGAAGGUCCACGAGAAGGCAACUGAGGCUACUUUUGUGGAUAUGUGUUGGGGUGAGACUAUGAUGGGCAAAAUAAGAUGGGGCAAUUGUGAUUUAAAAUCCUUCAUCGCAGACCACCCCUUCCUCUUCUUCAUCAGACAUAACCCCACCAUGAACAUCCUGUUUGCUGGUCGGUUCUGCUGCCCUGUGUGAGCUCUGUGUCCUUUAGAGCAGCUCAGUACCAGAAGUCUUUAGUGUUUAGUUGGAGAACCUUUCAAAAUCACUGCACAACAGCGCUGUAUUCAUAUUAAUAUACAGCUCUAUACUAUCCGUUUUUUCUGUGUUUUGUAUUUUCCUAUUUUCAAAACUUUAUCAUCUUUAAUGUUAUCUGUUCCGAUGUUUAUAUCAUACUCUUCAAAUGUCCCAUCUCCUGAUCAGAAAUUUAUCAAAGAGUGUUUAGUGGCUGAAAUGAGACGAAUUGCAUGACGUAUAAUUUAUGUUUGAAUCUUUAUUUCUCAUUGACAUCACACUGGCCAGUUAGGGACCACCAACAAGCCAGAUGUGGUCCAGUUGCUAAAAACAUCUUUAAAAAAAGAAAAAAAAAAAGAAAAGUAAAACAUGUCAUGUUAAUUGUUUCUGCUCUUACUGUCUUUCUUUAAUAACAGUGAAACAAAAUCACUAUAUUUAUUUAAACAUAAAAGGGACGCAGAUUUAUAUAUAUGAUUUGGUUAAACAAGGGCUAAGUUUUUCCAAAUGUUGAUGGAGGGGAGCCUAUUGUUUUAUUCCACUCAUCUCGUGUCAGCCAAUUGCUGAAGCUCUAGCCAGCUCUUGUCCCUUCUUAGCGCCAGCGCCCAUGUUUUCAGUCUCUUGCUUUCUCCAGCCGAGCAGAGCAGGCGGGCUUAAACGUUUUGAAUUGGUAAGCUGGAGAAAUGAACCUCUAGAGAGUGAAAUACCAUUUAAACUGGUAUUGUUCACGAAGUACUUUUUUGCUUUUGUUGUCGUAAAGGACGGAGUGAAAACGAAGGGUUUACUGAGAAAUGCCAGAAUCUCAGGUUAAAGCUCACAAAACUAUUUUGACAACCACCAAACAGCUAAAACAGUAAAUGAGAGCAGGUAAACGGAUUCCUCACAAAGGCAACGCGGACCCGACGCAUCAGAAUCAGU